AUGCCAUACGAGAAAAUUGGCAGGGAGAGUGCUACCGAUAUUCUUCAACAAGUUGAUAAAAUACUUCAAAGCGCUAACACAGUCCUCGAAAACCACAAAGAUUAUCUCCCUUCAGCCGAAUUUGCAGCACUUAAGAAGGCUUAUUGCCGGCAAGAAUAUCACUGGCAGAUGACCAACGAGUCUCAAGAAGAUCGUGCGUAUUACGACAAACGCAUUAGGGAGAGUCGAAUACUUUCCCAGCUCUAUGCUAAUAGGCAAACACAUCAGGAUCGAGCACAAGUACUCUUGUACAAGGUCGAGGCUUUUCAGACGAAAGUCCUAUCCGCCAGCCGAAAUUCCCACUCGAAAAAUGCGCUUAUGCUCUUCGAGGACGAAUUGACUGAAUCUCCUGAGCCACCAAGCACUUCAACUGUUAACUCGUUUACUUCUUGGUUUUCAUUUGGUGGGACCUGUGUCACAAGUUCCGAAGCAGAAACAUCGGGAGCCCGUUCAAAAAUUUCACUUGCUGCUAAACAGGAAGACGAAUUCAUCGUCUCCGUCACUCACUUCCCCAAACCACCCAAUGAGUCCGUAGACAGCUCUGAAACAGAGCCUGGUGGUGGAGAUCUAAUGGGAGCGGGGAAUCAGAUCUAUAGGAGGAUGAUAGCAUUCGAGAAUCAAGACAGGCGGAUCGAAAUAAUUGGUGAUUUUCCGCAAAUCGUUGCAUUUUGA